UUCACGAAAUGUCAUGUCAACAAUCUUUAACAUACUGUAACAUUAUGAACUAGUAAGCUCACAUAGUAUAACAGGACAAUAGUAUCUUCUAGUCUUUAAUGAAAAUCGGACCUCCAAACAGCCCUAAGUUUGUUCUUGUCUAUAUUUAAACGCUCCAUGUUGUGAAGUUACAAACUUGCAAAAAGUUUACUCAUGAGAAAUAUGGGCUUGAGAAAUACAAUAUGUGGAGUGAUAUUUGUGGUUUCAUUUUGGGUCGAGGUUGAAGGAGGGAAACUUAGUUAUGGUUUCUAUGAGAGAACAUGCCCUCAAGUUGAGGACAUCGUUAGCGAUGGAGUUCAGUCCAUGACUCUCUCUGAUCCAACUUCCCCUGCUGGUCUGUUAAGGCUGAUGUUCCAUGACUGCCAAGUUCAGGGCUGUGAUUCAUCUAUCCUACUUGACCCAAAUGACCAAGCCACGCAAUCCGAGAUGGCUUCAUCCAAGAAUUUUGGAGUCCGAGAGAGGGAGUCAAUUGGCAUAAUAAAAUCAAUGGUGGAGGAGGCGUGUCCCCAGCAAGUUUCCUGUGCUGACAUUAUCAUUUUGGCUGCUCGGGAGGCGAUAGUGAUUUCCGGAGGACCCCUGGUAAUUGUUCCAUUGGGAAGAAGGGAUUCCAUUUCCCCUCCAAGCUAUAAACUUGCUGAUGCCUUGCUUCCUCCUGGAAAUAUCGGAGUUGAUGGAAUGCUUCAGGUUUUUGCCAAGCAUGGGAUGACCAUUGAAGAAUCUGUGGCCAUUUUGGGUAGCCACACACUAGGAAUCAGUCACUGUGAAAGUAUCCUAAGCCGUCUCCAGAGCCCAGAAACAGGAAAGCCCAAAUCUGCUGCGGAACCUGGUCUGGACCUGAUAAUAAGAUCGGGCUGCCCACUGGGCUCAUUGACACCAAACACUAGCUUUGUAUUCAACGACCCAACUACACUCAUUUUUGACAACCAAUACUAUGACAAUGCCAUGAGAGGCCGUGGAGUGCUGAGGGUCGAUGCAGAGAUGCCGCUGGAUCCGCGAACGGCUCCGUUUGUCCAAUGGUUCGCGUCCGAUCGGGAUGGGUUCUUUCAGGCUUUCUCUUCUGCAUUUGUUAAGCUGUCUUCUUCUGGUGUUCUUACUGGGAAUCAAGGUGUUAUUAGAGAAGUUUGUAAUGAGAUAAGCUGAGUAGUGGUGUUUUCUCGUUGUUUAUGUGUUGACGUGGUGUGUACAAACGGAAUUUUGGUGUGGAGUGAAAUAAAAAUAAUACAAACUGUUACAUCA